GUCGCCGUCCUCUGCCUCGCGUCGGCAGCAGUCGCCGCCUCCGUCCCGGCCGUUCGCCGCGCCAUGACGCUCGACUCGUCGGAUAACACGUGGGGAAACGAGAAGGCCUACUUCCAGAUGAAGGGUACGAAUUCGUGCCUGGGCGUGAAGAACCACAACAAGGCGACCGUCGGCUCGCCGCUCGUGAUUUACACCUGCGACGACUCGAAGCACAUCGGCCAGGAGUUCCUCUACGAGCAGACGAACGACAUGGGCCACAUCAAGUACCAGACCACCGCCGGCGACUGGCUCUGCGUCACGACCUGUGUGGAAAUAACGUCGCGUCGAUGGCGUGGGGCGUCCGAAAUUUGAUUUCCACACAGGUCACGGCCUGGGGCACGGACGACGACACGGCGCCCACCCCGCCCGCGGCCACCGCCGGCAAGCGCUUCGUCCUCAAGACGUGUGGCUCGCCGACCUGGGACUCGCAGAACAUCCUCUACAUGCACGCGCCCGAGUACAACGCCAACCUCAAGAUGGCCCAGGACAACUUCGAGGGCAACCUCUGCCUCGCG